CAGACCUUUCCUGUGCCGCCAUUUCGGGAUUGGUGAGGUCGGAAUCGGUUGGAGGAGAUUGAUAGUCGCGUUUGUUUUGGGGCGGCGUCAUUUGGCGUCUAAAGCCAAGGGGAGGAAUACCGGGGUGUAGUGAAAGAGCCAUGGCUGGCAAUUUCGACUCAGAGGACCGAGCGAGCUGGUAUUGGGGAAAACAAAACCGACAAGAGGCGGUGAACUUGCUGCAGGGCCAGCGGCACGGUGUGUUUCUGGUCAGGGACUCCACCACUAUCCCCGGGGACUACGUGCUGUCUGUGUCAGAGAACUCUAAAGUUUCUCACUACAUCAUCAAUAGUGUCAGUAACAACCGACAGAGUGGGCCAGGUUGGUGAACUAGUAAAAGUAACAAAGAUUAACGUGAGUGGUCAGUGGGAAGGCGAAUGUAACGGAAAAUACGGUCACUUUCCAUUUACGCAUGUGCGUCUGCUGGAUCAACAAAACCCUGAGGAGGACUUCAGCUGA